AUGGAGUUCAUCCGGCUUCCCAAAACCGAGAAGGACCUCCCACAACAGAAGACGGAGUUCACUCAUUCACACGAUAAAAGCCAAAAGAGACUUCCUACACAAAGACAAAGCUUGCCCGACAUCUUAUUGGAGGCCAAGAAGACUUCCUAUAUGAAGAUAAAGCUUCAACGGACACACCUCGGCAUCAAUCUAUGUCCGAAAAAGGAAAGGAAAGCUUCCCGGGGUCCCAGAACACGAAAACUGGACAAAACAGGCCGAGACCACGGUCCCAAAAGUGGGACGGCCGUCCCAACUGUCAUUUUACAGUUGGGACGCGCGUCCCGUAUGUGGGACGGCCGUCCCAAACCCAUUUUAAGUGGGACGGCCGUCCCGGCCUUCCUGGGGGUCCCGCUCUGUGUAAUUUUGCUAUUUGGGACGGCCAUCCCAGUCCAGACGGCCGUCCCAACCCAGACGGCCGUCCCAAAUCGAUCUUGUAUUGGUGAGGAGAGACUGUGUAGAGAGAGGGGUUGCCAAAACGCAUCCUCACAGUUCGAGAUUCUCAAUAUAAAGCUUGCUACGGAG